AUGGCGUCCCGGCGACCGGACAGCUUCGACGGACUCGGAUACCGUCACGGCGGCGGGAGUGAGGCGCCCUACUCGAUGCAGCAGCCACAGCACCUCCACUGGGUGACCACGCCACCGGACAUCCCUGGCAGCCGAAACCUGCACACCGGAGAUCGGACGCCGUUGUACGAGGGAGGAGCCGCGGGGGAACGCGACUGGGACACCGGCCCGCAACAACCUCCGCCACCGCCGCCCCCUCCUGAACAGCUGAACCGACUCACCGGUUUCGGGAUCGGACUCGUCAGUCUGUUUGCAGAGAAUGUGCUGACCCAUCCCUGCGUGGUCUUUCGCCGCCAGUGUCAGGUCAACUACCACGCGCGCUGCUACCACCUGACGCCCUUUGGCGCCCUGGCCGUCAUGUACGCCAUCAGCAAGGCGCAGGGUCCCCGGGCGCUGUGGAAGGGUCUGGGCAGCACCUUUGUGGUCCACGGCGUGACGCUGGGAGCCGAGGGAAUCAUCGGCGAGUUCACGCCCUUGCCGCGGGAGAUGCCUCAGCGCUGGAACGCCAAAGAGCUGGCCGCUCACUUCCUGCUGAAAGGUUUGGCGGCGCUGGCGGCACUUCCUUUCUAUUGCGCCAGCCUCAUCGAGACGGUCCAGAGCGAGAUCGUGCGCGACGAGUCGUCGUCGGGGCUGCUGGACUGCGUGCGAGAAGGCGCGGCCCGCCUGCUGGGCGCCGGCGCCCCCCAUAGCCGACGUCUGCUGCCCCUGAGCUGCCUGCUACUGCCGGCGGCGGGCCUGGCCGUCCUGCGCUACGCCGCGGGUACCGCCGUGCAGCGCGCAGCUCUCUGGCUGCAUCGGCGCCGGCGGAGGAAGGACGAGGAGGAGCGGCGGGGGGAGCCCGGCCCGAGCCCGACCGAGACGCUGGAUGCCCACUUCCCCGAGCUGGCGGCGGCCUGGCUGGGCUCGCUGGCGGCCGAGGCGCUGGCCUUCCCGCUCGAGACCACGCUGCACCGGCUGAGCCUGCAGGGGACCCGCACCAUCAUCGACGCCACGGACGGCGGCGGCGCCGACGGCCCGCUGGUCCUGCCCGUCAACACGCAGUACGACGGCACCGCCGACUGCUUCCGCACCAUCCGGCGCAAGGAGGGCCCGGCCGGCUUCUACCGCGGCUUCGGGGCGCUGACUGCCCAGUUUGCGCUGCACGGCGCUCUGCUGGCCGCCGCCCGGACAAUUUUCCGCCUGCUACUGCUGCAAAGGGCCCGGGCCGCCUAG